GCUGAGUGCAGAUUGCACAUUUUGGUCACAAAAUGGGAAUGGGGGGAACGACUUAAAUUGCACCACCAUCAUUUAGGGCCAAAGUAGUGGGAUAGUGUAUCGGUGCAGGGUUAGAUGGUGGUACAAUUUAAGACUUUCCCAUUCCCAUUUUGUGACCAAAAUGUGCAAUCCGCACUCAGCCAAAGGCAGCAAUACGCAACACAGCGUCUAGUCUGCCGGAAAGCCAGACGAAGAAGAUCUUCGUGACAAGCGAGUCAGCUGAUUUACGCUAGAGCAAGGGGAAUGAUGUCGCUGGAAAAUCGCCGAAGGAUGGAGACUUUAUUCACCGUAGCGUUUAUGUUCUGCUCGGCUUUUACGGCAGGCGUUAAGGGGGACAGCCUCACCAUAUUGCAGGCCCCUGGGUACGUGUCCUUCCAGAAGGGAGACUGGCCGAUCUCUGGGGAGAAGAUUCCAGAUAUGGUGGCUCUGACUAUGGGCUUCUCUAUCCAGGAGGAUCUCUCCUGGCCAGGCCUCCGGGCAGGUCAGUUGUUCCAGCGUCCAAGGGCCAAUGUGCUGGUGGUGGUGAGGGGGGUGGACAGCCUGGCCCUUCCCCAGAAUGUGGCCUCCUACCCCUUGGAGAACCCGGUACCCUUCACCCUGGACAGUGUGGCUGAGACAGUUCAUUCUCUCUUUGCUGAGGACACUCCUGUGGUGCUGCAGCUGGCCCCUAGUGAGGAGAGGCUGUACAUGCUGGGGAAGGCCAACGCGGUGUUUGAGGACCUGCCUGUGACCCUGCAGCAGAUCCGUUCUCGUCUCUCCCAGGAUGGCUCCGUGCUGGCCUCCCUGCCACUCAACUCCCUCAACCGCAACGCUGAGGCUGAUCUGCUCUUCCUGUCUGAGGUCCAGGUUCUGCAUGACAUCACUGCCCUGCUGCAGAGACACCGGCACCUGGCCAAGGACCACUCCCCUGACCUGUACUCGCUGGAGCUGUCUGGCCUGGAGGAGUUGGGCCGUCGCUACGGACAGGACUCCCCUCAGUAUCAAGACGCCACCGCCAUCCUGGCCAACGUCCUACAGAAGUUUGGUGAGGACAUGUUUGGUCUCUAUGGUGACAGUGCGGUGGUCGAGGUUGUCACGGUGAAGAGCUUUGAGGCACCAUUGACCAGGAAGUCCCGCUCCAUCCUGGAGUCCAAACAGAUUAGUAACCCUGGCAGUCCCUAUAACCUGGCCUAUAAGUAUAACUUUAAUUAUGCAGUGAUCUUCAACAUCGUGCUGUGGCUGAUGAUCAUCCUUGCCCUGGCUGUCAUCGUCAUCUCAUACAAUCUGUGGAACAUGGACCCAGGAUAUGACAGCAUCAUCUACAGGAUGACCAAUCAGAAGAUCAGGUUGGACUGAGGUCCGCCCAGCAACACUCCAGCCCUCCAAUUAGCCCUCUCCUAGUGGAAGUUUAUUGUUUUUGUGGGUUUUUCUUGUUUUGUGUGAAAAAUAAAGAUGUGGAGCUGAAUGGAGUCUUAGCCCCUACUCUCUAGGUACUUGUUUAGAUCUGAGAGAGUUGGAUAGGUAUAAGCAAUAUGGUGAAAAUAAUUCCACCCAGCUUGGUAUAUAAGCCAUGGUCGAACUAAUUAUAAACCAAAAAGCGUAUACCUAUCCAAAGCAGUUGUUCAGGUGGAGGUAAAAGUAUUAUCCAAUAUGUAUGACAUGUAGGUGAGUUGCAGUUCACUGUAAUGGCACUUGUUAGCUCCUUUUGAGAAAGUGCGCAAAGGUUGACUAUACAGUAGCUUUGUAGUUGAAUGCUGAAUUGUAACACUGUAGAGCUGUUUCUGAGGCCUAGUCCUGUACCUUCUACCCCACGCUUCACAUUCCUUAUGAGUGUCUCCACAGUAGUUGUCCUACUACCAUGGUGAUUACAAAUGUCCUUUUAUUUUUAUUGUAAAAAUAAAAUAUUAUUGUAAUGCUCUGAAAGACAGAAUUAAAUGGUGUGUGAUGUAAAUUAUUGUAUUUUUGCGAUAUUAAAUUUAAGUUAAAGUGAAAUGUGUAUAUAUUGAAGUUAGAAAUGCAAAUAUCUUGAAUAAACUGCUGUAUUGGUAUUGUGAGAUGGUCUGUCAUAUUCACUGGCAUGUUGCAAAGGCAUGUUGCAUGAAUUUUUCAGUUGUGUGACAUUGACAUGAAACAGGAAAAAUAUUAUGUAAAAUAUGGGCAAUAAAUGAAUUCCAAUCUUA